AUGGCGGCGUCCACGGAGCAGGCCACGGGGGGCGUUGAGAAGACCGCGGCGGAAGAGAAACCGCGAGUUCUGGAACCUGGGGCAGCCCCGUUCGGAAAUUUCCCUCAUUAUUCCCGCUUCCACCCUCCAGAGCAACGGCUUCGCCUCCUACCCCCAGAGCUGCUUCGCCGCCUUUUCCCUCAGAGUUCCGAGACAAGGCCGAUCCUGGGACUCGACGUGGGGUGUAACUCCGGGGAUCUGAGUGUGGCUCUGUACAAACAUUUCCUUUCCCUACAUGAUGGGGAGACCUGCUCAGAUGCCUCAAGAGAACUCCAUCUCCUCUGCUGCGACAUAGAUCCUGUCCUGGUGGAACGAGCUGAAAAAGAAUGCCCUUUUCCUGAUGGCUUGACUUUUAUUACCCUGGACUUCAUGAAUCAAAGAACCCGGAAAGUUCUCCUGAGCUCUUUCUUGAGCCAGUUUGGACGCUCAGUUUUUGAUAUUGGCUUCUGCAUGUCAGUAACCAUGUGGAUUCACCUGAACCAUGGGGACCAAGGCCUGUGGGAGUUCCUGGCCCACCUUUCUUCCCUAUGCCGCUACCUCCUUGUGGAGCCACAGCCCUGGAAGUGUUACCGGGCAGCUGCAAGGCGUCUCCGGAAGCUGGGCCUCCAUGAUUUUGACCACUUCCGCUCCCUGGCCAUCCAAGGUGAUAUGGCCAGUCAGAUUGUGCACAUCUUGACCCAGGACCAUGGCAUGGAAUUAGUAUGCUGCUUUGGCAACACCAACUGGGACCGAAGCCUUCUGCUCUUCAGGACAAAACAAGCCACAGAGACUCAUCCGAUCCCUGAGUCACUGAUAGAAGAAGGAAAAGAAAGGAACAGAAUAAGAUUCUGGAGACAGUGA